AUGGUUAGGAGAAAAUAUUUUUUAAAAACGUUCCCAGAACUAACCAUCGCCUUAAUUUUCUGGACAGAUAAUUUGGCUUUUGCGGAGAGGCUUCUUCAGACCAUGGACUGGGCAUUUAAACGUUACAAGUUUGACUUUUUCCUGCGAAUAGAUGAUGAUCAUUUUCUUUGCCUGGAUCGCCUUUUAUAUGAGCUGAAUUUCCGUCCAAAGCAAGCACUUUAUUGGGGAUUCGUUCACUGUCACCCCAAAAUCAUUCGCGUGGACGAGGCGUGGCUGAUUCUAACACGCGACCUAAUCGAGGAGAUUUUGGACAAAAGAAAUUCAACGCUUCUCUGCUCGCCGUACGGAGAUCAAGCAGUUGCUCUGUGGAUGAUGGACAGCGCCAAAAAUGUCACUUAUUUCAUGGACAACAAACGUAUCAUCCACAAAAGCGCCGGGAAAGAUCAGAAUUUUUUACUUAACAAGGAUGUAUGUAUGCAGUAUAUGAGUCUUCACGGGACGUACCCGAGAUCCAUGCGACAAUUUUGGUUAUCUUCCCAUAUUUUGCGGGACAGAGACCCGUUGACUAUAUCGUAUGAUAUUAACGUUAUAGAACCAUUUUCGACGCUUUGUCGUUUUCCGCCAGUGUUUGACUAUAGAGGCUUUAUAAAGGAGUUCCAGUUUGAACCCAAGCCGUGCUAUGAAAAUCCUAAGUGGUCUGUUUCAAAGAAACCUCAUGUCGGUCGAGAGGAGUUUGGGGAGAGAUAUUCAAAAUAUUAGUAAUGUUUGUUUAUCAGUUCUUGACAACAAAAAUUGUGUUUAAUUAACCCUUGAAAACUUUUUGCUCGAUUUAUCUUUCGCCGGCGAACGACCGACUAACAUGUGUGCUAUUUCAUAACAGUAGAGCUAUUCAAGUUGAUCAAGUAUCGUUUAUUAUUCUGUAUAAUUGCUCUUACAAAAGAGGUUCAAUUCGACGGAUACAAUCUAAACUGAGCUUGUUGCUUUUGAGUAAAUUUGGUAGUUUUUACCAGUAGAGAAUGUGCAUAAUUAAGCCUUCAAAUUAAUUAAUUAAUUAGUUAAUUAAUUAAUUAAGCCUUCAAAUUUGAAAGUGUAUGGAGCCCACCUUGGAAUCAAAUUAUCACAUUUAACUCACAUUUUGCCAGACAGGAUGUUAUAAGCUGUAAUCUAGGUCUCACAAAGCUCCCAGCUUGAAUCUCCUUGACUGUAGCACUGUAUAUAUACGAUUUUCUUUUGUGAAAUACUUCAAAAAAUCUACACAUAUCACGAUACAAAUCCACGGGGGGUCACCUGUCAAUUAAAAACUUUUCAUAACUGAAAAGACAAUUCCCUGUUCUUAAGAACCGUAUGUCAUGUUCCGUACUUGUCUUUCCUUGUUUUGCUGAAGAAGCUGUUGGUAACUGAACACUUCAAAACAGCAGCGUAAAAAAGAAAAUUUAAAGGGUUAAUCCACGGUAUGCCACAGUCAAAGCUAAACAGCAUAUGUCAGCCUCCCCGUUCUUCUGUCAAAUGCAUUGAAACAAUAACCUUUUGAAACUAGGAAACGUUCUCACUUUCACAAGUUUCUCCUCAGACGAUCGCAGAAUGCGCGAGGUAGCAUGCGCAGGAUUUUUGCAAGGCUUAAUUACCAGCCGCUGUUCCAGAAAGGAGCCCGCGCUCUUCCCCCGAAAUCUUCUCGGGAAGGAACAUGGACCGGAGUCGGGAAAGCGGCGGAAAUCGAGUCCAGAUUUUUGCUAAUCAAAAAAUCCGAACAUUUUAUUUGCAAUUUGAAUUUUUCAUAUUCUCCCACUGUGUACUUGACAAUUAAGUGAUAUGGUUAGGAGAAAGUAGAUAUUGGUCAUUCUGAGAAGUUGCCUGCUAAUGUCACCGCCUCCUUUAGGCCCCGUCCACACUACCGGAGGAAUUUCAGUGAAAACGGAGGUUUCACUCUGAAAACGCAGCAAAUGUUUUAAACACACUAUAUAUCGCAGGAAUUUAAGAAAUCACGUGAUUAUCGUGACGUCUUCGUUUUCGAAAAGCUCCGUUUUCAAAAUG